GUGCUUCGUACUUUCAAGUAUGGCGUUAGGAUGUGGUUCAGCGUUUGACAUGUUCGAGAUAUCUCUCGUACUGUGACAUCAUUAAUGAACCAGGGAAGUUAAGAAGGCAACAGAAGCAUGGCGAGGUUAAGAAACUACGUUUGGUAUUUAUAUGCCACCACUCUUUUUGUGUUACUGGAUCAACGCACACAUGUUUUAUGUAAGUUGGCUUACUCCUUUACAUUGGAUUUUCACGGGGCGUACGCACCAGGUGACACCUAUAAUACAUCAUGCUAUGUUGAAGCAUCUGGUAAUCACAGUCUGUCAGAUCUGGAUGUUUAUUUAAGUUUUGGCAAUAUUACUUAUUGUCACAACAGUCAAGUUGUACCGGUGGGAAGAAAUCAGAGUUGUUCCGAAGCUACAGUACAGAACAGGACUACUUAUUAUUUCAUGCUUCCAGACCUCAGCGUUGCUGACAGUGGCACAUACUCUUGCAAAAUAUCACACAAGACAGAGGGACACAAACUAACUAUCAGCCAGAAUAUAACCAUUAUUAACCCUUCGAGUAGAAUGACAACUCAAAGUUUGCAAGUGACAACACAAGACGGCACUGGAGGUUCCACACCAAUUCAUACUCAAACCUUCUCAACCCUUCUACUUGUAUUGGUAGUUGUGGCAUGUUAUACUGAUAAAUAAAUAUACCUUUAUUCAUCAUCCAAGAUGGAAUCUAACAUGCAAAAUAAAUCAAAACAUUUGAGGAUUCUGAAAUUAUAUUGGACUGAGUGAUGAAUAAGAAGCAUGUUGUUAAUACAUGUACUGUUGAAAUUUUCAUAACUGAUUGAAAAACUUUUUUUUUUAAUUCUACUGAUCUGUGUAAACAGUUAAAUGCAAUGAUACACUUGACUUUUCAAAACACUUGAAUAACCAGGACACGUGUUCCGAAAAUACAGAAGCAGGGAUUUUUUUUACAUGUGUUUUUUUUUUCUUUAGAACAACAUGAUUGGAUACUGUGAAUUAAAUCUGACACCUCAAAAUUUUAGCUGAGAUGUCUCCAUUGAGGAUUUUCAAUAAAGCUUUCAACGUUCCCUAUAUUUUUUGUGAAUAAUUAAAUCGUCUUGUGACUAGCUAUUCAUAUAUUGGUGUAAACACUUUAGCCACUAUGAUAAAUACAAAAAAUAUGUUUACUUAUUUUUAAAACAUAAGAAAUGUUAACUUAUUCUUAAACAUGAUAUUUCUGUAUGGAAGCGGAAGGAUGUCGCCUUUUAAAACAAUUGUGUAUAAAUGUUCAUGUUUAAGUGUUCUUUAUAAUGUAACGUAAUUUGUGAAGUUCAAAGCAUGUUUGUUUGUCUUUGGCUUUGGUAUUGUAUUCAAAUAAAGUAAUCGCAAUAACAAAUGAUAAA